AUGGUCGCCAAGCUGUCAGUCCGGAGCCCAGUUCACCGGAUUUCUGCAGCGAGCAUAAUCCACACUAAUGCCUGGGACAUCGAGAUGCAUCAUUACCUGACAGCUUCGUCCCGAGAAGUCCAGUUCGCGGCCUCACAGUCCCUGACCAGCUUCGGACGCAGUCCUGAUGCUUUGGGGACUGUCCUCAUGCGUGCCGCUUGCUCAAACAAUUCAAGCUCUGCUACCGCCGUCCUCCACUCGCUUUUGGCCUUGUCCUCACUUCAUCGGCACGGAGUUCAAUCACAGGCGAUGAAGUUGAAAAUAUCGAGCCUAAAAGCUCUGGCAGCGGCUUCCGUUGCGGAAAAUAGCUUGGACCUUGAACUGGUGAUUCAACAUGUUGCCACGGGGAUGUUGCUGUGUUCUUUUGAGGUCCAUCAAGCUUCAUGCACCUCAAGCCAAUGGGCGGUUUACCUGGCCGGUGUGAAGCAGCUGCUCAGUGCGUCCUCUCUUGAGAAGCCACAAGAGCACGAGGACUUGGCGGUCCUGCUCGACUGGGUGUAUUAUCACGAUGUGAUGAUGCGCUUCACUCUGCGACACUGGAAUGGGGAGGCUAUGGUGCUGCCCUCAAAUACCACGUCCGCAUGGACACUUCUCUGCUCAUACACACAGGUCUUUGUUGAACAGUUGCCGAAAAUUGAUCUAAAACGAAGCUGCAUAUCCCAGCAACCAUCCUCAACUUCCGCCCUUCCAGAACUACUCUCCGAGUUCUGUGAGUUGAUGCCGGGCCAAGCGAUCGAUGAUCACAAAAGCAUUCUCAAGGCUCUCGACUGGAGAAUCAGAACAGUUCCAGUCUUGCUCAAGCCUGACGAAGCUGCAAAGAUGAUGACCAUAAUAGAGCUUUACAGGCUGGCUGCUCUUGUUUAUAUUCAUCGAGCAAGCAGCAAUCUUCUCAACCAAGAGUCUCAGGCGCAGAGAGACAUUGAUGAGGGCUUCAUGCUACUUUCCAAAAUGGAUGCCUGCGAGCGACAAUUCCCCAUAUUCGUGCUGGGUUGCGAAGCACGGACAGACGGACAACGAAAGAUCAUCAUGGACCUCAUAUUGAGGACAGAAAAGAGAGUUACAUCGCGAUCGUUCAACCAUGUUACUGCAUUGCUGCAUGCUGUUUGGGCUCAGGACGACCUUGCCGACGUGCAGAUCAACUAUGGGAACAAACUCACAGCUGUCAUCAGCCGCUGCGCCAUCGUGCCUAGUCUCGUCUGA